GUAUGAAAUUAAUUUGGAAAGGUCUAAAAUAGAACUUUGGAUUAACACUGUAUUAAAAAUACAGAGUACUAUAUAAGGAGAGAGGGUCUGAAUAGCAAAUACUCCCUAUGGUACCGACUCCUUUGGCGGCUGCAAUAAUUUCAGAGUUGUUUUUCUAGAUUUGUUGAUUAACCAUAAGAGGAGACUUGGUCUUUUACCACCAUGUCAAUGUAACAUUGUUCAUGAUAUAGAUUCCUAAACCAGUAUACUCCGUAUUUGAUACUCAUCUUAGUUUGCUAAAUUGUAAAUAGUCUCAAUCAAAUUAUAUUUCAGCAAACAUUAAAACAGAGAUAUAAAAGGGGGAAAGAAAACAGGGUUGAUGUUGAAUUUUCAAUUUAUUAUUCAACAUCUACCAAAUAUUAUUGGCAGCCCUUCGCAAUAAUAUUUCAAUGAUGUUAAACUACAAUACGGGGUUGAACAAAUCACCAUCAAUUGUUAAAAGAUAUUCAAAAGUCAAGUUGACUUGUAAGUUUUUCCAUGGAUUUUGUAAAAUUUCAAACCUCUCAAAAAAGGAAAACAAAUUAUAGCUUGAACUAAUUUAAAACCUAGAUUUAAGCACAAAUUUAAGCCAAAAAUAUUAAAUAAAAUUUGCACCACCAAAAGAAGAAACUAUGUCAUUCAAAGCUCUGUUUCCUCUGUUUUUUUGCAUACUUUUGCAAUUUUCAUUCAUUUCCAACUUUGCUGGUGCAAUUCAGCAAGAAGCAGAAGCUCUGGUUGAAUGGAAACAGAGCUUGCACAGUCUUAACCAGUCAUUUUUGUCAUCUUGGUCACUUCCAAGGGAUGCUUUAACCGCGAAAAACAGCAAUGUUAUCACUCCAUGUCAUUGGCUUGGAGUUGGCUGUGAAAAUGGAAGUGUUACAAGGUUGAACUUAACCAAUGUGGGUUUAACAGGUACCCUUUAUGCCUUCAACUUUUCAUCUUUGCCUAAUUUAUCUUUCCUUGAUCUUCAUGAUAAUAAUCUCUUUGGAAAUAUCCCUUCUUCAAUUAGUAAUCUCACUAAACUUACUAGUCUUCAUUUGGGGAAUAACCAAUUCACUGGGAAAAUGCCCGAAGACCUUGGAAAAAUUACCACCCUCACAAAUCUGAACUUCAUAAACAACUUUCUUUCAGGCCAAAUUCCAUCUUCUCUAGGAAAUUUAACCUCUCUUACUCUCCUCAUCCUCGGAAACAACCGGUUUGUAGGUACGAUUCCUCCUGAGGUCGGAUAUAUGAUAUCACUCACCGAGCUUCGUAUCAAUUUGAACAACCUAACGGGUCCAAUACCGCCUUCGAUUGGUAAUCUGAGAGGCCUGAAGACUUUGUCAGUUUAUGGAAACAAGUUGUCAGGGUCACUUCCAAAAGAGUUUGAUAACCUCACUAACUUAACCUUGUGUUUCCUGUCAAAUAACACUCUUUCUGGCUCAUUGCCUGAGAAAAUUUGCCAAGGUGGAAUUCUUCAAGAUUUUUGUGCAAGUAACAACAGGUUUUCAGGAACUGUACCCAAGGGGUUGAAAAACUGCACCAGUUUGACAAGAUUAAGGCUUGAUAGAAACAAUUUUGUGGGUAACAUAACAGAAGAUUUCGCGGUAUACCCAGUUGUUGAUUACAUUGAUUUGAGCUACAAUAACUUUGAGGGUGAGAUAUCUUCUGAUUGGGCAAAAUGCAAGAACAUGACUAGUCUUAAGAUUUCUGAUAAUAACAUUACUGGUAAAAUACCUCCAGAAUUGGGAAAAGCAACCAAGUUGCAUUACCUAGAUUUGUCAUCUAAUCAGCUAGUGGGUGAAAUACCGAAAGAGUUGGGAAAUUUGAAGUCAUUAUUCAACCUCACAUUGAGCAAUAACAAACUCUCUGGGAACAUUCCCAGAGAAGUUGGUAAUUUGCUUGAUUUAGCCUCUCUUGACCUUGGCGCGAAUGGAUUAAAUGGAACGAUACCAGAAGAAAUCGGAAAUUGCCCCAAGAUGAUCUACUUGAAUCUAAGUAGAAACGGCUUGAAUGGAGUUAUUCCUUGGCAGAUUGGGAGUCUUGUGAGCCUACAAGUGCUGUUAGACUUGAGCAGAAACUCGCUUUCUGGCGAGAUUCCGUUACAACUUGGAAACUUGGAUAACUUGGAGGAGUUGGAUCUUUCUCAUAACAAUUUUUCUGGCCAAAUCCCUUCAACUUUUGAUCAAAUGCAAAGUUUGAUAUCUGUUGAUGUGUCCUACAAUAACCUCGAGGGUCCUCUUCCAUAUGGCAAAGUGUUCAUGAAUUCUCCCCUUGUAUCAUUUAUGGAAAACAAAGCUCUAUGUGGGAACAUAACAGGGUUAAUACCUUGCCCUAGAGCUCUGAAUUUUUCAAAGAGGAAAGGCAAAAAUGCGGUGGCACUGAUUACUGCUCCCAUCUUAGGAGUUGGAGUUUUCGUAUGCAUCGUUGUGGCGGUUGCCUUGUAUCUUUUGAAAGGUGGAAGAGGGGUUAAAGGGGAGAAAAACAGGAAAGUAGGCUCACAACGAGAAAACAUGUUUUCCAUAUGGAGCUUUGAUGGGAAGUUGGUAUACGAGGACAUAAAACAAGCAACCAAAGGGUUUGACGUGAAGUACUGUAUAGGAGAAGGUGGCCAUGGGACUGUGUAUAAAGCAGUUCUGUCAACAGGACAAAUUGUUGCUGUUAAGAAGCUGAAAACAAUACAAAAUCCGAGUUUUGAAAACGCAAAGAAUUUUGAGGCAGAAAUCGAAGCAUUGUCUAAGAUUAGACAUCGAAACAUUGUGAAGCUUAAUGGGUUUUGUUCUCAUGCACAACAUUCGUUGUUGGUUUACGAGUACUUGGAGAGAGGAAGCCUGGGGAAGUUGCUCGGGAUUGAGAAGGAAGCAAGAGAAUUAGACUGGGAGAAGAGGGUUAUUGUGAUUAAGGGGAUUGCAAAUGCACUUUGUUAUAUGCAUUAUGAUUGUUCUCCUCCUAUAAUCCAUAGAGAUCUUUCUUCCAACAAUGUGUUGCUUGACAGAGAUUAUGAGCCUCGAGUUUCUGAUUUUGGCACAGCUAGGCUUCUGAGUCUAGAUUCUUGCCGGAACAUAUGGCUACAUUGCUCCUGAGCUUGCUUAUACCAUGAAAGCCACCAAGAAAUGCGAUGUAUACAGCUUUGGAGUUCUAGCACUAGAGAUUAUAAUGGGAAGCCAUCCAGGAGAUCUCAUAUCUUCAUCUUCGAGCUCAUCAGUGGACACUUCAACA